GUAGUACGCAGGCGAACCCAGAGGAGUUCUGUACAACUCCUAUCGUUAUUAUGGAAGACGAGCUCCGUUGCUUCGCUUGUAAACAGUUCUACGUGAACCCGGUGCUGUUGCCGUGUUAUCAUGCACUCUGUUUAAACUGUGCGAUUAAUUUACAACAGCCUGCUCAAAACGCGACCGCGACCGUUUCGUCGUCUUUGGCGAAUUCGGAAAACGCCGAAAGUGUCGCAUCAAGUUCCUCGGGAGAUUACCAAGAAAGUGAUAAACUGUCGAUUCUUAGCGAGACAGAUAGCGGGGUCGUGUGCACUUCAAGACCCAACAGUUACGUCGGAACACCGAACGGACUCUUAUUUCCAACGGCUUUAAGUUUGUCUUGUCCAAUUUGCCACAAGUUGGUUUAUUUCGAUGAGAAUGGCGCACACAAUCUACCCAAGUACCGCGUAAUGCAGCACAUCGUCGACAAGUUCGGUGAGAUCAAGAACUUGACUUUUAAGUGUCAGAUGUGCGAGAUUGAGCCUGCGAAAGAUGCGACCGUUAUGUGCGAGCAAUGUGAGGUGUUGUAUUGCGAUUCGUGCAAGGAAACAUGCCAUCCAGCACGUGGCCCUUUGGCCAAACACACACUUAGCGAACCGAAGAGAAACACGGCCAGUUUGGCCAAAGGAAAAGACACUAAAUGCCCAGAACAUUCAGAUGAAAUCCUUUCUAUGUAUUGUUUAGUGUGUAAGGUUGGUGUUUGUGCGAUUUGUUUAAUGGAUUCAAGACAUACUUCUCAUGAUGUUCAAGCUAUAGCUCACAUGUGUAAAGCUCAAAAGACUGAAUUAUCACACAAUCUACAACAAUUAUCCGAACGAGCAAGAUCGACAACGGAAUUUAUACAAAGAUUGAAAGGAAUGAGCGACAAAGUGAACGAAAACUGCGUAGAAUUCGAGAGUAUAGUAACAGCUCAAUGCGAAAAUCUGGUGGCGGCGAUUCAUGCAAGAAGAGCACAGCUUAUGGAGUGCAUCCGACAGGACAAAGAGUUGAGGAUCCGAGCGUUGAAGGAUCAAGUGGCUACUUGCACAACACGGUUACAGCAUACGACGGCUCUCCUACAAUUUUGCAUAGAAGCCCUUAAGGAGACAGAUAGCGCGGCUUUCCUCCAGGUUGGAUCAAUGCUGAUUAGCAGAGUGGCUAACACAGAUCACUCUUGGCACAAGGAAUGGUCGGCCCCAAGAGUAUCACCUCAUUUCGAUCUCACCCUCGACGACAAGUCCGUGCUUAGGGCGAUCGACCAACUCAACUUUAUACAAAUGAAACCAUACAAAGAUGGAGAAGAAAGAGUUCCUGCAGCUCCUGCAGCGCCGACAAUAAUCCCUGAAGAGUGCAGCGCUGAAAACAACUCCGUUACAGUAGCUUGGCAACCACCUCCGCAGAGCCACGUCGAAGGUUACGUCUUGGAAUUAGACGAUGGAAAUGGAGGGGAAUUUCGAGAAGUUUAUUGUGGGACCGAGACAAUAUGCACGGUGGAUGGUCUGCAUUUUCAUUGCAUGUACAAUGCCCGAGUGAAGGCGUUCAAUAGUUCCGGCGAAGGCGAAUACAGCGACUUGAUCGGCCUUCAGACGGCCGAAGUGGCCUGGUUCACGUAUGACCCGAUCCUAUCGGGUCCUGGACUACAAUAUUCAGAGGAUAGUACUAGGGUGACCUGUGAAGGUUGGGAAUAUCGUGUCGCCUUGGGCAGCGUUGGAUUUAGCAGGGGCGUUCACUAUUGGGAGUUCACCGUCGAUAAAUUCGAUGCAGACACCGAUCCUGCCUUUGGCAUUGCCAGAAUAGAUGUCUGUAGAGAUAAAAUGUUGGGUAAGGACGAUAAAGGUUGGGCGAUGUACAUAGAUCGUCAACGUUCUUGGUUUCAACACGCCGGUGGUCACGAACAACGUGUAGAAGGCGGGAUAUCAGCCGGAGGAACAGUUGGAGUUCUUUUAGAUUUGAACAGACAUACGUUGGCGUUCUUUGUGAACGAAGAACCGCAAGGAACGAUUGCUUUUCGGGAUUUAUACGGAGUUUUUUAUCCGGCGGUAAGCAUUAAUAGGGGUGUUAGUGUAACAUUACAUACAGCGCUGGAUCCCCCUUCUGAUAUUGAUGAUACAUAGGACGAUGGAUAAAAUAAAAAUAUAUUGCGUAGAAAUCCUAGUUUAGUUUUAAGUAAUUUGCAAAGUUGGGCACAACUGUAAUACCGUAUUUGAGUUGUAUAUAAAAAUUGCAUUCUUUUCUGUAAAUAGUUUAUCAUUAAUAUUUUAUUUAUCGAUUUUUUAUUAUAUAAAAUAACAUAUCCGCAUUACGAAUUUUAAUUAAUAUCGUAAUAUUAAUUUAUUAUGCGAUGUAAAUAAGCCCUAAACUUUUUAUUUUGUUACAAAGAUUUUUCUUUAUUUUUUUAUUUCUAUUAAACCUACAUUCUCUCAUAAAUAUAAGAAAUUAUAUACUUAUU